GAAGGCAAGGGAAGAAGGAACGAGAAGAGAGGAGAAGCCACAUCAGAAGCAGAAAAAGAGCCAGGGGCCUGGCGAAGCAGCAGAAAGCCUACGACUGCGUGCGUGCCCUUUCCUUCCUUCCUUCCUUCCUUUCUUUCUUUCUUCCUGUUUGUUCGUUGCUGUCAGGUUGCGUUUCCACCUUCUCCUUCUCCCUCGAAGGACCCAGACGUUCCAAUUGGUUGUUGUGCAUUCUAUGUCGAUCUCCAGCUCCGCUACAUUCCCCGGCGCCGCGCUGGUGUUGCUGCAUCUGUGUCCUUGAUAGCAUUGAUCCUCUUUCCCCGUUCCUCCUCUCAGAUCAUCUCGAAUUUCGUCUAGGUUGGGAUAUUAGGAAUGGCAGCCGAGGCGAAAGCUAAAGGAAAUGCCGCAUUUUCAGCAGGCAGAUUUGGAGACGCCAUAGAGCACUUUUCAGAGGCCAUUACUCAUGCACCAGAGAAUCAUGUUCUCUACUCCAACCGUUCGGCCGCUUUCGCUUCCCUUCAGAAAUAUGAAGAUGCUCUUAAGGAUGCAGAGAAGACUGUUGAGCUGAAACCCGACUGGGGAAAAGGAUAUAGUAGACUUGGAGCCGCCUUCGUUGGCCUUGGGAAGCACGAAGACGCAGUUGGUGCUUACCAGAGGGGUUUAGAGCUUGACCCUAAUAACGGAGCACUGAAAUCCGCUCUUGCUGAUGCUCGAGCAGCAGCUACAAGGGCAUCGCGAACACCUCCUGUAGGCGCCGGGUCUCCAUUCGGCAACAUUUUUCAGGGUCCGGAUGUUUGGGUUAAAAUCCAGAAUGAUCCCACAGCAAAGUCAUACCUGGCGCAACCAGACUUCGUGAAAAUGCUCCAAGACGUACAGAGAAGCCCCAGUAACCUUAAUCGGUACAUCAGUGAUCCUCGAAUGAUGCACGUUCUGGGAGUCCUCCUCGGGGUUAAUAUUCAAACCCCUUCAGCGGAGGAUAUGGAGACGAUGAGGUCGGAAGAUGAGCCUGAAGUAGUCCAGCAGACACCCAGGUCACCUCCAAAACCGGCAGAAGUAAAGAGAGAACCUGAGCCCAAGAAAGAACCCGAGCCAGAGCCAAUGGAUAUCCCCGACGAAGAAAAGGAGAAGAGGGAGAGAAAGGCCCAGGCUUUGAAGGAGAAAGAAUUGGGUAAUGAGUUUUACAAGAAGAAGCUAUUUGAUGAGGCUGUCUCCCACUACACUAAAGCCCUGGAGUUAUACGACGAAGACAUAUCAUUUUUGACGAACAGAGCCGCUGUGUAUUUGGAAAUGGGCCAGUACGAAAACUGCAUCAAGGAUUGUGACAAGGCGGUUGAACGAGGUCGAGAAGUCCACGCAGACUACAAAAUGAUUUCAAGGGCUUUGACGAGGAAAGGAACAGCGUAUGUAAAGCUGGCAAAAUGUUCAAAAGACUACGACAUAGCUAUUGAAGCUUUCAAUAAGGCAUUAACAGAGCAUCGGAAUCCUGACACUUUGAAAAGACUGAACGAUGCUGAGAGAACGAAGAAAGAGUUAGAACAACAAGAAUACUAUGAUCCCAAGUUGGCCGACGAGGAGAGGGAGAAAGGGAACGACUUCUUCAAGAAGGCUGACUACCCCGUAGCUAUUAAGCAUUACACUGAAGCCCUAAAGAGAAAUCCAACAGAUGUCAAGGCUUUCAGCAACAGAGCUGCGUGCUAUACCAAGCUAGGAGCACUGCCUGAAGGACUGAAGGAUGCAAACAAGUGCAUCGAAAUUGAUGAAAAGUUUGUGAAAGGAUACUCUAGGAAAGGAACUAUUCAAUUUUUCAUGAAGGAGUAUGACAAGGCUUUGGAAACGUAUCAGAUUGGUCUUAAGCACGAACCGGAGAACCAGGAACUGCUGGAUGGCGCUCGGAGAUGCAUUGAUCAAAUCAAUAAGACCAACAGAGGUGACAUUAGCGCAGAGGACUUAAAGGAGAGACAGGCCAAGGCCAUGCAAGAUCCAGAAAUUCAAGGAAUCCUUUCAGAUCCUAUCAUGCGCCAGGUUCUGACCGAUUUCCAAGAGAAUCCCAAGGCUGCACAAGAGCAUAUGAAGAACCCUAUGGUAAUGGGAAAGAUUCAAAAGCUCGUGAACGCGGGCAUUGUUCAAGUGCGUUGACCUUAGAAACAAAGGUCAUACUCGGCCUGUUUGCGCACAUGUUCAGGAGAUGGUUUUCCUUAGCCUUAUUCUGUAGAUUUACUUCAAAGAGUUUUCAUGCGUGAUCGUACACCUCUUUCACUUGUUGCAAGUGAUGGGCUCUUUUCAGUUUUCAAGAGCAGAGUUGUUGUAAGUGGAAAAGUGGGGACUGAAGAUAUAUUUUGAGAAUCCCAUGUAAACUGCCACCGUAUCUCAGCACCUAUCUGUGGAGUAUCACUUCCAUCCAGAAAUCUGAUCUUGGAUGUAGUCGUUGAGGCACUCUGUCACCCACAACCAGCUGGGACAUGACUGUUUUUAGUAUGAUCAUGGUUGGAGGUGAAAUUGUGAGCACGAAGUUCUCGUUUCAAUUGAUUCCCUGUAAAGAUGGGAAUUUAUCCCUGAAAAAUGUUUUCCAUCAUCCAGAGUCCAG